AUGGAUAGAACACCUUCCCAUCAAUCAAGCUCCUACGGUCAGGCCUGUACCCAGUGCUACAAGGCAAAGUGUCGCUGCGUGCGCACUCCCAGCGGCGACAGCUGCGAAAGAUGCCUCCGCCUCAAGAAGCGUUGCGAGCCGUCAGAGUCUAUCCGACGGCGCAAUGUCGCGCAGAACUCCAAUGUCUCUGACAGGCGCAUUGCCCGCCUGGAAGACAAGAUGGAGAGCUUGCUGUCCGCCAUGCAGUCCUUCAUCGGGUCGAAUGGAACGGGCGUGAAUCUGAAUGGAGAGUUCGUUCCAUCCGUAAAUGCUUACCAGAGUGGCAAUGCUGCUCUGGUGACGCCCCCCAGCACGACACUGGGGUUCGGCGAGGGACCAGCAUUCGCGCCGGAGUCGGUGUCUGCUGUAUCGCCGAACUCGAACCCGCAGAACCCGAUUUUCCUAUCGACGCCUGCAUCAUCGCCGAACCAGGAUGAGAGGCUGGACUUCUUUAGGUCGAAGAUGCUGCCGUCUUUCCCGUUUAUUGAUCUCACGCCCGAUAUGACGAGCUGGUAUCUCCGUCAGAAUCGCCCGCUGUUGUACCAGGCUAUUUGUACGGUUACUACGUUCUCGACGCAGGAGCGGCUGGCUCAGGUGGAGGAGUUGAAGCAGAAGCUGUUCUCGUCGGCGUUUAUGAAAGUCGAGUCGAAUAUUGACCUGCUCCUUGCGUCGCUUACGUAUCUGGCGUGGAGCACGGAUCCCUUCCUGGGCAGGGCCGAUUUAGUCUCGCGGCUGAUGAUGCUCGCCAUCUCGCUGGUGUAUGAUCUACGGCUGUUCAAGCCGUCUUCGAAAGACGUGCAGCUCAUUAUGACUAUCACCCAAGGCCGGACAGACGAGAGUCCAGCCCACGAUGAAACGCCUAUCUCUUCACACCUCGGCCGUCAAGACGCCCUACGAUGGACACCUCAAAUGGAAGAAGCGCUUCGGCUGCUUACGAUAAGCGAGGCAUGCCCUGCAGACAGGCUAUUUGUGUGCCAAGUCCGUUUGCAGCUGCUGAAGCAGCGAGCCGACGACGCCCGCCAGCAGGAUGACACGCGCACCUCGGCACCUGGCUUGCUGUACCUCAAGACCCUACGCCGUGAGCUACAAGAGCUGCGCGCCUCGUUUCCGAUGGACCUGCAGCAGAUCGAUAUCCUAAGCACCCACGCCCAAUAUGUUGAGCUCUAUAUCAACCAGCUCGCCUUCACCAUAAGCAAAGACUCGCCCCUCGCAGCAUCCAGCAACGGCCCUAGCGGAAAUGCACUCGCCUUCCAACGCCUCGAAUGCCUAUGGCACUCUGUUGAGAAUAUCAAAUCCUGGCUAGACAGUUUCUACAGCAUUCCGUGCUCCAAGCUGUCGGGACAGCCUUUCCACUUCUGGUCGCAGAUGAUUCUGACCAUUACACUCUUGAAAUAUCUAUCCACGCUCAAAGACCCCGACUGGGACUGUCAGGCAGUACGGAAUACAGUCCACCUGAUCUCAACGAUGGACUGCAUGCUCCAGCGCCUAGAUCUAGCGACCAAGGAGCCCGAGCUGCAGGGGUGCGGCGACCACCUCCUGCUGUUCCUGUCGAAGUUGCUUAGUCGGAGCCGGGUUUGGGGCGAGGCAAGGUGGAAUCUAGAGGGGCAGGGCCAACAGAUGGACGAUGUGCAGACCUCGUGUCAGAGUGCGUCUGUACCGCCAACUACGAUUGUCGGCAGUGAGUCGGAUGCGGCUGGUCAGGGGCAGGCUCAGAUUCAGACUCAGGCGCAGACGUAUAGUUACUACGUGCCUGACCUAGACCAGAUGGUGUUUAUGCAGAGCAUGGAUCUGGGUGAUGAUCGGUGGUUUGAGAAUGUGCUUGGGAUGCCGCCGACGUUUUACUAG